AUGUAUUUAUAUAAAUGGAAUCAACUUUCUCGAUUGCAAAGGACUUUAGUGUUGGGCUUACUUAUACUAUUAGCUAUAUUUUGUUUUGUGUAUGGAUUGUCAUCAAUCAUAUCUAAUGAACAAAGUUUCACAGCAAAUGCCAUAAAUUCGUCAUUGCUCCUGAAAUUGAAGCAAUCUGCGACAUCUGAGAAAUUGAAGAAGGAAGUACUGUUAUUUGAGACUGAUUUUAACCAAAGGCCUAUAUUCACAGGACCGUCGAAUGCAAAACAAUACGCCGUCGUACAAAGCUUCAAACAUGCUUGGAAAGGAUACAAGGUGCACGCUUGGGGCCAUGAUAAUUUAAAACCUGUGUCGGGCACUUCGUCCGAUUGGUUUUCUUUAGGACUAACUAUAGUCGAUGGUCUUGACACAGCAUUUAUUAUGGGACUUACUGAAGAGUUUGAAGAGGGUCGUGAAUGGAUAAAAAAUGAACUGGAAUUCACAAAAAAUAAAGAUGUUAAUUUCUUCGAAGUUACGAUACGGGUGUUGGGCGCUCUGUUAACAAACUAUCAUUUCUCUGGCGAUGAUAUGUUCCUUGAAAAAGCUAAAGAUCUUGGCGAGCGUCUUAUGGCGGCGUUCUCAUCGCCAUCUGGCAUUCCUUACUCGGACGUGAAUCUAGGAGCACGUACGGCCCAUGUCCCAGAAUGGUCUCACUACAGUUCAACAUCUGAGAUCAGCACUGUUCAACUGGAAUUUCGGGAACUUUCAAGGGCAUCUGAUAACCCUGCUUUUGAGGACGCAGCUGCGGCAGUGUCCGAGAAACUUCACCAAUUGCCGAAGAAACAUGGUCUGGUACCAAUAUUCAUCAAUCCCAAUACGGGUCAAUUUCUACCGCACGCAACGAUCACGCUCGGCGCACGCGGUGACAGUUAUUAUGAAUACUUGCUCAAACAAUGGAUACAGACCGGAAAGACAAUGAAUUAUUUGCGAGACGAUUAUUUGACUGCGAUAGAAGGUGUGCGUGAGUUCCUUGCACGUAGGUCUGUGCCAAAUAAAAGACUGUUUAUUGGCGAAUUAACAACGGGAUCAGAGGCGUUUUAUCCGAAAAUGGACCAUUUGACCUGUUUCCUGCCUGGUACAUUGGCACUAGGCCAUGCUAAUGGUCUACCGGAUUGGCACUUGGAAAUGGCAGAAGAACUAAUACACACAUGUUACUUGACCUACGCAGCUCAUCCGACCUUCAUGGCACCAGAAAUUACGCAUUUUAAUAUUGGUAGCAGUAGUACCGAAGAUAUGUUCACAAAGUUGUCGGAUGCACACAGCCUUUUGCGGCCCGAAUUUGUCGAGAGUUUGUAUGUGAUGUACCAAUUAACUGGCAACACUACGUACCAGGAUUGGGGCUGGCAAGUUUAUAUGGGUAUUGAAAAGUACGCGCGGGUCCCUCGUGGUUACACAUCUCUAACCAACGUGAAGACCGAGAAACCUUCACCUAAAGACAUGAUGGAGUCGUUCUUCCUAUCGGAGACAUUGAAGUACCUCUACCUUCUUUUCAGCGAUGAUAGAUACAUGAUCGAUCUUAGCAAAUAUGUAUUCAACAGUGAGGCACACCCGCUACCGAUACAUAAUAACUAA